UGUCCGCUCGAGAAGUUCCUGUCUGUCCGCCAGCUUCCGCUUCUCUGUCACAGUAGCACAACAACAACCUGUGCUACUUCCGGUUACAACUUUCAAAAUAAAGCGCGUGGACUCGUCUGCGAUAAACAUUAUAUUCAUCCUUGUUGUGUCUGUGAGAGCUCAGGAAACCGGAGUCACAUUCCUUGAUUGUUUACACAUGCUUGGCCAAUCAAGCGGAUCCUGGUUCUGGUUCUGGUUCUGGUGGGGGGGGGGGUGUCUUUCAUCACGUGACGAUGCUCGAGAGAAAGUGAAAGUCGACACAAGUCCGUUUCUCUCUGAAGAAAAGUCCGAUCUCUUGACCCCGGCUGAAGAAGGAAACAUUGAAUACAAGCUGAAGCUGGUGAACCCCACUCAGUAUCGCUUCGAGCAUCUGGCCACGCAGCUGAAGUGGCGGCUGCAGGAGGGCCGCGGCGAGGCCGUGUACCAGAUCGGCGUGGAAGACAACGGCCUGCUGGUCGGCCUGAGCGAGGCCGACAUGAGGGCGUCGCUCAGGACGCUGAAGAGGAUGGCAGAGAAAGUCGGGGCUGACAUCACUCUCCUCCGAGAGAGGGAGGUGGACUACGACCUGGACAGAAACACUCGCAAGAUCGCAGAAGUCCUCGUACGAAAAGUUCCUGACGAUCAGCAGUUCCUGGACCUGCGGGUGGCGGUGCUGGGCAACGUGGACUCGGGCAAAUCGACCCUGCUGGGCGUCCUGACGCAGGGCGAGCUGGACAACGGGCGAGGGCGGGCGCGGCUCAACCUCUUCAGACACCUGCACGAGAUCCAGACUGGACGCACGUCCAGCAUCAGCUUCGAGAUCCUGGGCUUCAACAGCAAAGGAGAGGUGGUGAACUACAGCGAGUCGCGCACGGCGGAGGAGAUCUGCGAGAGCUCCUCCAAGAUGAUCACCUUCAUCGACCUGGCCGGACACCACAAGUACCUGAAGACCACCAUCUUCGGCCUCACCAGCUACUGCCCCGACUUCGCCAUGCUGGUGGUGAGCGCCAACACCGGCAUCGCGGGGACCACGCGGGAGCACCUGGGCCUGGCCAUGGCGCUGAAGGUUCCCAUCUUCAUCGCCGUCAGUAAAGUGGACCUGUGCUCCCGUGGCACCGUGGAGCGGACCGUCCGCCAGCUGGAGCGGGUCCUCAAACAGCCGGGCUGCAACAAGGUUCCGCUGGUGGUGUCGACCCCCGACGACGCCGUGACGGCCGCGCAGCAGUUCACCCAGUCCACCUGCAUCACGCCCAUCUUCACGCUGUCCUCCGUGUCUGGAGAGAGUCUGAACCUGCUGAAGGUUUUCCUCAACAUCCUCCCUCCACUAAGCAACAGCAAAGAGCAGGAGGAGCUGAUGCAGCAGCUCACAGAGUUCCAGGUGGAUGAGAUUUACUCGGUUCCAGAUGUUGGGACUGUGGUGGGAGGAACUCUGUACAGCGGGGUGUGCAGGGAGGGCGAGCGGCUGGUGGUCGGUCCGACGGACGAGGGUCGUUUCCUGCGGCUGAAGGUUGGCAGCAUCCAGAGGAACCGCUCGGCCUGCAGGCUGCUGCGGGCCGGACAGGCCGCCACGCUGGCGCUGGGCAACUUUGACCGCUCGCUGCUGCGCAAGGGCAUGGUGAUGGUGAGCCCCAAGAUGAACCCGACCAUCUGCUGUCAGUUCGAAGCCGCCAUCGUCCUGCUCUUCCACGCCAAGACGUUCCGCCGGGGGUCACAGGUCACCGUGCACGUGGGCAACGUGAGGCAGACGGCAACUGUGGAGGGUCUUCACGGGAAGGACGAACUGCGGACAGGCGAGAGAGCUGUGGUUCGAUUCCGCUUUAUCAAACAUCCCGAGUACCUGCGUCUGGGCGCCAAGCUGCUCUUCAGGGAGGGCGUCACCAAGGGCAUCGGCCACGUGGCUCGUCUGCUGCCCCCCUUCCAGAACCACGACCAGAACCAGACCCUCGACCAGAACCUGCAGGAGCACUGAGGCCUCCUCCCCGUCAUCCUCCUCCGUCAUCCUCCUCCAUCAUCCUCCUCCAUCAUCCUCCUCCCCGUCAUCCUCCUCCAUCAUCCUCCUCCAUCAUCCUCCUCCCCGUCAUCCUCCUCCAUCAUCCUCC